ACCUAUCCCUUGAACUACAGGAAGUCCAAAAGCUGCACACACACACGCAUCUACAUCAAUGGGUCCACAGUGGAACCUAUCUCAGCUGUAAGUUCCUGGGUUUCCACAUCUUUGAGGACACUCUUGGACCCUCAACACCUCCACCCUCGUCAAGAAGGCACAGCAGCGCCUCUAUUUUCUGAGCAGACUGAAGGAGGCCCAUCUGUCUCUUCAGAUUUUAAUAAACCUCUACUGCUGUAUUACUUCAGGGCAUUCUGACCAACUACAUUGCUGUGUGGUUUGGCAGCUGCUCUGCUUCUGACCGGUAAGCCCUGCAACAGGUGGUGAAAACUGCCCAGUGCAUCACCAGUUUCCAACUCAUUUAAUUUGACGUUAUCUGCUAACAUCAAGGCAGUGACUUUUAGAGUAUGACCUUACCUCACUCAAGAAGCAGCAGAGGCACUUGUCAUGUCACGACUGGAUUACUACAAGUAACACUUGGUAGGGCUCCAGCGGGUACAACAGAAUCACUGCAACUCAUUCAGAAUGCAGCCGCCCACCUGGUGUUUAAACUUCCCAUGUUCUCCCAUGUCACCUCACUUCUUCGCACUCUACACUGGUUUCCUAUUGAAACUCAAAUCAGCUUCAAGGCUACGGUUCUUACUUAGGGAGCAAAACGUGGAGCCUUUCCUUUCUACUUUCAGGCAGUAGUCAAACAUUCUUAAUUCAGCCACUUCUAAGUUCUUAGCUGUCCUGGUCCUUCUGGGCAGUUCCCGAUCCACACAGUCCAAACGAUUCUCUGCCCUGGCACCUCAAUGGUGGAAACAGCUUCCCAUGGAGGCUAGGAUAGCCAAGUCUAUACCCUUCAAAAAAACAUCUGAAAACUCACCUUCUCAGAGUACUUAAAAUUGUCCCACUACCACCAACUCGGUCGGUCUGUCUUUUCUUAAAUUUUGAUGUUAUGUUUAUUUGUAUUCCCAGCACUGACCUUUGCCUUUUAAUUCAUUGAUUAGAAUGCACUUAUUGCUAAACUGUGGUUGUUUCACCUAGCUCUUUUAGAAUGUAUAUACUUACUGUAAAUCAGGCUGAAUAGGUAUCUGCUAAAUGCAUAAAAUGUAAAUGUUCUGUUAUUCAAAUAAAAACAUUUGCCUUAUAGCCCAAGUCAAUUUUAUGGCACAUCUUCAUUAGUAAUUAAUGUAGUCCCUUAUGUAGUGGUGCAGUAUAGCUAUCCACAAGGGGCAACAUUUCUGUUUUUGUAGUAGGUUAUUUGUUAUGCCUGAAUUUAGUAUGUGGUCUAUAUUCUAAACUCUUUCUAAAGAUCCAACACAUCCUUGUGGUACCCAGAAACCCAUAAAUAUAUUGGGUCCCCAAAUCUGUAUGCCUGAAUCACACACACACAGGGAGAGAAAUGCAUGAACAAAAACAUCAUGUCAUGAUGGUUUUUGCAUUUGACCCACAUAUCGUCAGCAUAGACGUCAUUAUUAGGGCUGGUCUCCAUGGUGGCAGCUUUUCUGCGGUUUAAGCCGCAAUCUGCUUAGGCUCAAUGUCUAGUAUUAGCGUAGUCAUGUCAGGCACAUGUAACCUACAUCAGGAUCUACUGACUUCCAGGCUUCUAAUUCCUAAAGUCCCGUUCAUAAUAUAUAUAUAUUUUUUUAUUUUCCCACUAGCGUCAUAUAAGCUUAAUUCAUGACCAUGUCUUUCAACCUAUAAGCUACCUUCGGCAACAUGAUACAUCCAUUGAGACUAAAGCCGUUUUGUGUAAAGGACUGUGCGCCAAAAUUCUUUCUUAAAGUAGACCUAGUCUACGUUUGCUGACCUUCCCAGACAAGCAUUUUAUUAGGGGCCGUAGGUUUUAACAUGUGUGACCAGAUAGGGCAGUUAAAAAUGUUCGGGUUCGUCUCGGGCAAUAUGUUUGCUCUGCCUCGUGGAUGCCCACUCCGUUUAACCAUUUGAGCCAAAUGGUUUUACCGGCUUACCGUGGCUUUGACAUCUGUCGCGUCAGUAUAGCCGUUUAUGGUGUUAAAACUUUCAGAACAAAGCUGUACGGUUGAUGCCUGUUAUCGUUCCGUGGUAAUACAUGUUUUCUUCACGUCCAAGAUGGGGCCUGCGGUGUCGGCAGUAGAAGGGUGCGAGGGGAGGUAUGGUAAAAUCUGAAGACAGAAAUGAUCCCCAAGUCAAGAAAAGCUUCUGAUGUAAGAAUGGCAGUCAGCAUCCAGGAGAUUGCUGCUUUAGCAAAGUCUUCCUUGAACGGCUUAUCACAGGCCAUGAAGGACCAUGUGACCAAGCCAACAUCCCUGCAAGGUGGCAGAGUUGCCCACCUCAUAGAGUGGAAAGGCUGGCCAAAUACCUCCAGCUCCCAGAGGGACCCCCUCCACACACACGUCAACUCCUACUGCCACCUCACUGAGGGGGAACAGGAGGCACGCUUUGCCGCAGGAGUAGCUGAGCAGUUUGCUAUUGCUGAGGCCAAGCUAAAGGCCUGGUCCUCUGUGGAUGAUGAUGAUGAUAAGGAAAGACAAUACCACAAUGAAGAGUUCCUUCAGAACGGCUUCACACUCCCUACCCGGAGCGAAGAUCAGGACAAAGACCGCAUGUUAAAAUCAGGUGUUCUGACUUUUUGCUCCUCCCUCAGACACGGCAACAUCCAAACACGAGCCCCGAGUGCAAUUCCGGGCUGAGAUUGACAGUGUGGAAGCACCGUCCUUGAUCGACGCAACUAGCUUAGUGGGUUUUAGCAGUGACCGUGUGUACUGUAAUUGGCCUGCAACUCAAAAGGACUUGGCGGCACCACAAAACGAGUUGCUUGGUCCAGAUAGUGAUAGUGAUAGUGAAAUAGUGGAUGGGGAGAAUUGGUCUGUACCAUCGCAAGAGGCAGACGGGGGUGUCUGUAUUGUCCACACACCUGAGUGGAGGCCAUGCAUCAAAAGCAGUAGGGUAGACUCCUGCUACUCAACCUCUCACUCUGAGUCUCUUGAAGAAGAGGAAGAUGGAAGUGUUUUCCAGGAGGGUAAAGAGUGGCACUCCUGCCAGAGCCAGAGAAGUGUCUUCUCCGACAGAGGCUCGUCAGGAGUGGCGUCAUUAGACCAGGAAGAGGAGGUGAAGGUGGUGGAGGAAAAAAAGAGAAGCGUGUGAGUGAGAGAGCAUUUGAUGUGGUGUUUUUAUUUCAUCUUGUAGGUGUAGCCUUUAGUCUAUUGACUUCCAGAUAUUGUGACGAGUAUUUACCUUUUUUAUUUCUUUUUUCUUCCUUCCUUUCGUCAUCUCUCAUUUACCUGCUUCCCCUACUCUGCACUCUUUUCUUCUCUUUGGCCUGUUUCAUACCUGAUUCUAAUGUGCAGUUGGUAUCUUGAUUAGGGUUGGAAGCGGAGGGUAUAUUACUAUAAACCUUAAGUUUACAAGUAAACCACCAGCAUUUUGGUAGCUUUACAAGGUUUGUUAUUUAAGUCCUUUUACUUAGCUCUUUUGGGUGUUUCAGAUUAUCAAAGGUAAUGUAAUAGUAAUCUGUGUGGCCUUAUUACAUGUGUAUAAUAUUAAAUCAUAUUAUUUGUAAAAAGAAAAAAAUAGAACGAAAAAUAUGUAAAACAUUAUCCUAAAUAUAAAUUAUCAAUUUCGUGAAAAACAGUGGUGUUUGAAUGAGGGUUUUGGCUUAAAAUAUUUUUGCACAUUACUAUUUCAGUCUAUCUAAAAUAGUGUGGCCAAAUUGGUGGUGGUGUUUUUUGCUGGCAUUGUUACAUUUUAUUUGACAGGAAAGAUACAGGAGAGUGUUUUUUUGUGAGAGCAGUGGGCAGGAUUCAAACCCAUGCAACAGAAGUACAUUUGUACUGGAGCCAUCUUAGACCGCUGGACCACCGAGUUGCAGAGUUAGUUGAAAAUGCCAUUUUUGUUUAGAUAUUUUUUUAUUAAUUAUGGUAUUUUCCUCUGACCAUAUUGUUUAUAUAUAACAGAAACAUAUGAACCCACAGUAUAUACAACCCUGUUUCCCAAAAAGUUGGGAUGCUGUUUAAAAUGCAAAUAAAAACAGAAUGCAAUGCUGUGCAAAUAAUUUAAACCUUGUCUUGAAUUGAAAAUAAUACCAAGACAACAAAUUAAAAAAUAAAAUAAAAUUUGUGUAAUGCUAAAAAAAAACUGGUGGAACAAGGUGGGAAAACAGAAAAAGUAAUCAUACAAUAGUUGAUUUUAGGUAUGAAAAAAUGUCAAUGUAGUAUUUGUAAUUCAUUAAGAGAAUUGCUCAGGUGUUUUAAUGCUUUUGCGAGAGACUUAUCUUUGUAUCCUCAGCCCUGAACUUUGUAUUGAUUGUUGCUAUAUUUUUUGACAGGUUUAACCAGGUCUUCCUGACCAUCACCUGGAUAUUAAUCAUGUAAACAGAUCUGAAUGGUCAAGCCAUUUAAAUCAAUAUUAUACCAGAUUUCAUUACAGUUAGAAUAAUUUAGUUAUGGCGUCCAUAAGAGUCUUAAAGUUCAUAUGAUUUUGAAAGAUCACUCAGUUUGCAUACAGGGAGGCACAAACUGAUUUUAAUACAAUGUGACAAACCUUUAUCAGAUCAGGAUCAUACUGAUCACAAACAGGUUAGCACAAGGUGUAAGCAAGGCAAAUGUCUCCUCGUCUUUUCCCACUUCUAUCGUUAUCUCUUUCUUGACAUCUUUGCUGAUGUUACUUUGUUGAAUCUGGAUUGCUGAGUAAUGUGCUGUUCAAACUGGGAAAGUUGUGUACAUUUCUGUGAAAUUAUUUCAUUGGUUUUCUACAUGGCUUGUUAUUGUAAUGUUUUGCCAGGACAAUGCUGUGAAAUCAUAAUGGGGUUUGUCCUGGAUAAAUAAAACAAACUUUUUCAAUAGCUUUCAUUUUUUUUUUUUUACCAAUCUUUGAUAUGAGGAAAAACUGCAGAAAACACAAACACACUGAAUAUUUUAUCAAAAUGUGUUUUUCCUCAAGAUGUGACUUACAACCCUGUCUUGCAUAAAGGAGUUGCUAGAGCGUGAUGAGUCGAGGAGAUCCUUGCUGAUGAUAACACUCCCCACUACAGACAAUGCUUGUGCAAGAAGUUCCCAGGCACACCUCAGUUGACGUAACAGUUCAGGCUCAAACCUAAUCUGUUGUGGGCAGCUUGGCACUGCAAAAGAGAGCCACAUGGAGCCCCUGCCCAUCACUCAGAAUAAUUAGUUAAAAACAGAAUGACAUCACAAAGUUUUGUUGAAAUUUAAUCCAUCACUGAUGUACAAAAAACAAUUUUCAUGUUCUCGGAAAAAUAACAAUGGCUGUUGAUCUCAAAUGCAUAUUUUAUAUUUA